UAAUAACCUUUCAGCAUACAGUGCUAACUGCUGUGUGACUAAAAUACUUUAGCUAGCGUAAGUUAUAAACGUUGUUUGUUUAUGUGGAUGAUUAGUGUAUAUUUCAUUUUCUAGUGUGGAUCACCGCAGCAGUUGCUGCUACAACAAGUAAUUCGGCACCAACACCUUAUUCAAUUGCGGAACUGAAAGUUGUAACAGCAGGGCUGUUAUUCCACGUACACGUUCAGUAGCUAGCUUGAUCCUCGAAAAAUGGCUGACGACUUUGGGUUUUCAUCUCCUGAUAAUGGUGUUCAUCCCGUUGAAGAAGAUCCUGCUGCUGCGUUUCUGGCUCAACAGGAAAGCGAAAUUGCUGUGAUAGAGAAUGACGGUGAAGGAUUCGGAGAUUUGGAGGAAGCUGAACAACCUCAGCAAGAAGAAGAAGAUUCUGUCCCCGAAGUACAGUAUGAUGCCUUUAAUGAUGAACCAACUGCAGUAAACGGAGACAUGUUUGAGGACUCAAAUGGGAUAUCAGACAGUUAUGCUGCCAUCGCCCAAGUUGACCAGUUCCGACAAGAACCUGAAAGUUUGCGCAUGUGGAGGGAGGAACAGAAAACUCGACUGGAAGAAUUAGAUGCAGCAUCCAAAGCUGCAGAGGCUGAAUGGAAAGAGAAGGCCAGGAAAGAGCUUGAAGACUGGCAUCACCAUCAAAGUGAACAGCUGGAGAAGAACAAAACUAACAACAGACUUUACCCAAGUCAAGAACGAGCAUCUGAAGAGGCCUUCCUAAAUGAGGUUGGCGAAGACAGCCCCGGCACCGAGUGGGAGAAGGUGGCCCGACUCUGUGACUUCAACCCCAAAACCAACAAGCAAUCCAAGGACGUGUCCCGCAUGCGCUCCGUCCUCAUCUCCCUGAAACAGACACCCCUGGUAGAAGCUGAUUCAACAUGAAGCAUCCCCAGAACAUAAUCCUUAAACAUCUGUUACUUUUACAUCUUUAUUAUCAGGUCAAUAUGAGGCAUCUAUUGAAUUGUAUAGGUCAUGUUGUUUCACUGUAACUUUACCACCUGUAUGUUAGAAGGUUAUGAAGGCAGCCAGGGUGUCACUUCUAUUACAGUGUACAUCACUCCACUUAAGCAGUAAUACUGUUCAAUACCAGGACACUAUACUGAGGCCUUCUGGAACUUAACUUGAGAGUCAGAUAUUCUAACAGAAGAUGGUUUGCACAAGUUGUUCUGCUCAUUGACUGCCAAAGACUUGCUAAACUUACAUGCAUGACGGCACCACAGGGAAUGUCUAAAUGAGGCCUUUGUCAUCCCAUAAUUAUGCUAUACUGGCUUCUGUUCUUACCAGUUCUUUUAUACAAGGAUGGAGCCACACAUGUGCAUAGUGCCUGCAAAUUUUUCCCACGUAAGGUUAGCAUUCAGAUGCGGUUGAAAGAAUGUUACAGCACUUGAUAUUUCUUCUAAACUGAAGUUCUUCAAUAAAACAUUGGUCAAGCUAA